AGCAAAGAAACAGACAGACAGACAGACAUACCGACACACAUAUGUGUGUGUGUGUGUGUGCCCUGGUCGGGGUUUUUCGCUUUGGAAGCUACUAUACAAAAAAUCAAAUAAUACGUACGGUACGUACAAUUUUCUCACUAUUCCAACGCACUGUGCACGGCCGAAAUGUGUGUGGAAAAAGUCGUCGUCGCAUAUGGGACGUUUUUUUUUUUUUGUGUUCAGCUCGGUGCGAGCAUUGGAAUCGCGUCCGCUCAGUUCUCGAGAAGCCGUCGGUUGGAUCGGAUCGGUGUUGUGUGUGUGCUACUGUGGUGUGGAGUUAUGAGAGGCAACGCAACGCAACGCACCUACGGAUCGGCAAUUCUUGUGUUUGGUGGCUGUGCCGCUGAUUUUCCAAUGUAAAAAUAAAAAUGAAAAUGCUGCUCAAAUCUGUAUAAAAAGUGUCCCGUCUAGUGCGCGCGAAGCUUUUGGAGCCGUUUGAGAAUAUUGAAGAAACAUCUAGAGUUAUUUUCCAGCCCUACAGAGCAUUUCAUAUACGUCCCUUGGUGGGACGGUCUAUUGUUCAACGCAUCGAAGCCGAGAUCCAAAACAAUCGAGCAUGAAAGUAAUGUGCUAUAUUUUUGAAUUCCUGACAGUUGUGCAGCUGCUGGCUGAAACUCAGAGUGGUCACGUCCAAGAGGCGAAAAGGUCCAUUAAUGCAGAGAUACGCGACGCACUGGGCCACCAUCAUCGCUCGUACCAUGGCUCCCACUGGAUCGAUGGCAAGCGGGUCCACCGGAUGCGUAUGCCCCACCAGCGCUGGAGUGGCCGGCGACGGUCGAUCAACCACCAUCAGCAUCAGCAUCAGCCCUUCAGCCGCUGGACCCAGUGGACGCCGUGUGACGAGGAGUGCGUCAAGCGACGGGAGCGAUACUGCAAGGCGAAGCGGCGUUGCGGUCACACCAAGCACGUGGAGCAGAGCAAGUGUCGACGCUGCCAUCCUGCGCCACCUCCCAUGAAGGUGAGGGAAUGGCAUCAGCCAAUGGCCAGAGAGCCGCUGCACGUCCAGCAGGAGCAUCAAGGCCAGCCGUCGAUAAUCAUCAAUGCAGCGGCUGCUGCCUCAAGUGGUCCAUCGGCUAGUCACAUGGCAGCACCACCCACAGCACCACCCACCAACCACUGGGCAAGUCCUCCCCACGAUUCGGUGGAGGUGGUGCACAGGGGGCCAUCGCAUCGGCCCAAAGUGGUGUACAGCGAGGCGGAAGAGGAUGAGGAACAGGAGUCCGAUGAAGAUUCGGAAUACUCCGGAGAGCGCGGCGACUUCUAUGUGCUCAAGCACAGCCGGCACAGGCGCAGACAACGCCCCAGGAAGCGUCCCCAAAGGAUUAAAAAGCCGAACUACUCCCACGAAGACGAUGAUUUUGAUGAUUAUCUGGAGCCAAGGGCGCUGCGGCCACGGAACAUGAUUGUGGAUAGCAGCGGCGGCUUGGAGGGUGACAUUUUCCAGUACGAGGACUUUGACCUCGAGCAGGAGACCCUCGAACCGGAAUCGGAGGAGUACGUUGACCUCCGCAACGACAGUUUGGCCCAGUCGCCGAAGGAGCGAUACACGCCGGACGGACUCAUUCCACGCCGCCGACGCAUUUACUCCAAGUGGAGCCGCUGGAGCAAGUGCACUCCGAAGUGCACCACGCGCCGCUACAAAAAGUGUCGCAUCAACGAGCAGUGCGGCCGCGAGGUGCUCCGCGAGAUCGCCUACUGCUACACGGAGGGCAGCUUCUGCCAGCAGUGGCUGCAGACGCAGUUUCAGAAGAAUCCCGCCUAUGAGACGAGGCCUGGCCCCGCCUCGGCGCCCAUCAUGCAGCGCAGGCAGUCGGACGCCGCGCUCAACAGGCUGACGAACAACGAACUGGGCGUAAUCAUGACCAGCAAGGGCUAUCGUGGGCCAGAGUACACGCCGAUCAAGCUCCACUGCGGCAUUGCGCGCAGCGGCAGUGGGAGUGGCAGUGGGCGCCGCAACAUGAACAACAUGCUGAAGAUCAUUGGGGGCAAGGUGGCGCGCAAGGGGGAGUGGCCGUGGCAGGUGGCCAUCCUGAAUCGCUUCAAGGAGGCCUUCUGCGGAGGCACGCUCGUCGCCCCCAGCUGGGUCCUAACCGCCGCCCACUGUGUGCGGAAGGUGCUCUAUGUACGCCUUGGGGAGCACAAUCUGGACUAUGAGGACGGUUCCGAGGUGCAGCUGCGGGUGCUCAAGAGCUUCAAACAUCCGAACUUUGACAGGCGUACGGUGGACAGCGAUGUGGCACUGCUAAGGCUGCCUAGGCCAGCCAAUGCCACCACCUGGAUUGGCUACUCCUGCCUGCCGCGACCCUUUCAGGCUCUGCCCAAGAACGUCGACUGCACGGUGAUCGGUUGGGGCAAGCGUCGCAACCACGAUGCGGCGGGCACCAGCGUGCUGCACAAAGCGAAUGUGCCCAUUAUCCCCAUGGACAACUGUCGCAACGUCUACCACGACUACACCAUCACAAAGAAUAUGUUUUGCGCCGGCCAUCGCCGCGGACACAUCGACACCUGUGCCGGGGACUCGGGCGGGCCGCUACUGUGCCGUGACACAACCAAGCCCAACCAGCCGUGGACCAUCUUCGGCAUCACCUCCUUCGGCGAUGGGUGCGCCAAGCGCAACAAAUUCGGAAUAUAUGCCAGGGUGCCGAACUACGUGGACUGGGUGUGGUCCGUGGUUAACUGCAAUGGCAACUGCAAGAUGCAGUAGGAUUGAUUGAUUGAUGCUUGCCUUGCGGGGCCUUGCGUCCGAUCUGUUGCAGAGGCUGUGAACGAUUAAUGUAUACUUUAAGUGCCUUAGGAUCCCAUGAGGUAAACCCUCAGACUACAUGCUAGAUGUUCCCUAAAUAAGUCCCAUUAGGUUUAUUCGAAAAUCCAAACGACGUUUCGACUGGAGAACAGGACUGGCUGCGGUCCGGGCUCUAUCCAUAUUGUACAUACUCGAAAAUAAAUGUUUUUUCUCGCUCCCAACUUUAUGUUAUAUGUUAAAAAGUUAUAUAUCUCGUGUAUCUCCCAUAAGCUAACAUUAGUUACAAACUAACCUAAGAACAUGCAGAAAUCUGAGAUUCCCCCCAUGUACUUAGCCACUUUUAAUGAGCGUUUCGUUUCUUGUAUAUUUAAGACAUCAAAUCA